UGCGCGGUCCCGACGCCCACGAGCACGAGCCGGCGCUUCCUCCGCAUUCACAGUCGGAGCAAGAACCAGGAAGUGAAAGUAUACACAUGGAGGGUGUGGCCUUCCUGGCCUCCGUAUGUUUUAUUUUUAAAAACACAGUCCUCGGAUAAAUAAAUGGGGGACUCGGCGAGGACCAAGCGGCGCGAGCAGCUGAAGCGCUGGGCUGGCUCUUGCACUGACAAGGCUCCGGCCGUGUCCAGACGUAGGUGGCGGGGAGAUGACGAGGACGGAGUACUGACGCUGGAGGCCGAGCUCAGCGACCCGCCGAGGGACCAGUCAGUGCCUCUGGGCCGAGAUGACACCAGCCCCCUACUCAAACGACGGAAAAGGGUGAGGUUUGACAGGGCUGCAGAGUUUCUGGCUACCUGUGCCAGUGGCGACAUAGAAGAGGCCCAGGUGAUGCUGAAGGAGGCCAAAGAGACCACAAACAAGAACGGGGAAGAUGCUACUGGAGUUAUCAACUGUUGUAACGCAGAUGGGAUCACUGCUCUCCAUCAGGCCUGUAUUGAUGGCAGUGUGGAGAUGGUGACUUUUCUCUUGGAGCAAGGUGCCAACGUGAACCAGGUUGACAAUGAGGGAUGGACGCCGCUGCAUGCUGCUGCCUCCUGCGGUCAUUCUGACAUUGCAGAUUUGCUUUUGCAGCAAGGUGCAUCUCUCUCGGCUGUGAAUUGUGAUGGUGACGUUCCUCUGGACAUUGCUCUGGAUGAGACUACGGAGUCUCUUCUUCAGGAUUUCACGCAGAAACAGGGUGUGGAUGUGGAGGCAGCUAAGCGUCUGGAAGAGGAGCAGAUUAUGAGAGACGCCCGGACCUGGCUGACGGAUGGCCCACCUGCUGAAAUGCGUCACCCGAGGACCGGGGCCACGCCGCUGCACGUGGCUGCAGCUAAAGGCUACCUGGAGGCCUUAAAGAUACUGUGUCAGUGUGGGCUGGAUGUGUCGGCUGUGGACUUCGAUGGCUGGACGCCUCUCCAUGCUGCUGCACACUGGGGUCAACGGGAGGCCUGUCACAUUCUGGCUGAACAUCUGUGCAAUAUGGAAGCCCGCAGCAAUGCGGGUCAAACACCGUUCGAUGUAGCGGAUGAAAGCGUUGCAGGGCUGCUAGAGGAGUUAUCGCUGAAACAAGCCAAUUGGCGUAAUGAACAGUCUAUACUGGACAGGCAAAACCCACAAGGCUCCACUGCUGCAAAUGCACAGAACAAACGGCGGAGAAGCUCCGUGUGCAGGAUGAGCAGUAAAGACAAGAUGAAUGUACAGGACCAAUCUAAAGAGAGGGGGAUAUCAGGAGACCUGGAGCUCAGUGAAGAGAAGGAGAACAGCCCCGAAAGCUCCACUGUUUCAAGUCCAGACUCAGAGAGUGUGGCCACGUCUGCAGCCAGUCCCACUGACAAGUUAAAUGCUGAUGACUGCUUAAUGCUUGCUCAGACUGCAGAUGAGGAGGAUAAGGAGCAGGAUAAGGCAAACCGCACUGCUAGAGUCCAACCCUCUCCUCAGACACGGGAUGCUGCAUCUGAAAGUCCAAACACCCCCAGCACUGAGAAGCGCAAGUUUCAGGCUCCAGGCAGAGACGAAGAGUCUGAGUCUCAGAGGAAGGCUCGCUCUCGGCUGCUGCGUCAGACUCGCCGUUCCACACAGGGCGUGACUCUGACAGACCUAAAAGAAGCAGAAAAGGCCGUGGCUAAACCUGUAGAUCCACCACUUCGCAACAUCCAGUACGUCAGCCCCAUUGUCACGGUCACACCUGCUGAAAGGGAUACUGACCCAGUGAAGCCGACGGAGCCAGAAGAGAAGCGUUUGGGAGGGAAGGAGAGGAGGAGAGUGAGGCGAGAGCGGCGCUCCACUGGCAUUGUUCAGUUAGAAGGAGAGAAUGAAGAUGAGGAUGCUCAACUGAAAGAAACCAAGAGCCACAAUAACCCCGAUAAGAAUCAACCGGGAGACUUGUCAGCUGACUUCAGAACACUGUACCUGACGGUACUGCAGGAGAACCUCGCUCUGAAGGACAGGCUGCAGGAGACGGAGCUGCUGCUCAGCCAAAACAAAGUGGAACUGGAGAGACUCCGACAGAGUCAAGAAAGCAGCACAGACAGACCUGCUCUGUUGGAACUGGAGCGAUUUGAGAGGUUGGCCCUCCAGAGGAAAGCAGUGGAACUGGAGGAUGAGUUGAAGGUUGUCGGGGACCUCAGAGCAGACAACCAGAGGCUCAAGGAUGAGAACGCUGCCCUCAUCCGUGUCAUCAGCAAACUCUCGAGAUGAACAUGACGAACGCCUACGCAGAGAGAAAAAGUAUUACAAGGUUUAUCUUUUUCCCCAACUCAUGACACACAGAAGAAGGAAGAGGGCUGUGGCGCCAAACACCAGCAGCUCCUGGAACAAUGUCACCGCAUCAGGGUCGUUAGCCGGGGUUUGGGCCUUGGUGUCUCUGCACAUCUACUGUAUAACAAGCUGAACGGCACCUCCUGUGGACCGACAGAAUUUCCUGUUCUCAUCCACUUUUAUAUUACAUUUUUAUUGUUGUAUUUCUUAACUGGAAUAUUUAAUGUGCUUUGCUUCUGCAAUACUUUGUAUAAAAUCUGUAUUAAGAGACUUAAAGCCAUGCAAAUGAGAGCUCAAAAGUAGUAAUUUUUUAGAUUCAGUGCUAACCGUUGUGCAUGUGUGUGUGAGUGUGUAUGUGUUGGGGGGGUGUUACUAGAUAAAGAAACUUAAUGUGCCAAAAAGCAGCCCCCAGUCUGCAUGUGCUUUGGGGAGGGAGCCCAGUGGUCAGUGUUCUUUCUCAGGAUGAGUCUUGGCCAAUGCUGUGCGUUUCACCUGACUGCUGAUGGACCAAGAUGCUCCAUCCCCCUUCUCCUCCCUGAAUGUAUAUUUAAAGUGUAUAUUUAUGUACAGGGUUUGCCUCUUCCCAGUGUAAAGGUAGUCGGGGUCUCUGUGUGAGAGUUUUGGGUGCUAUCUUGGACGUCAGGUGCGACUCGUGUCAGAGAGGAGUUUUCAAAACGUAUGUUACAAAUGUCGAGAGCGUGAGGAUCACGUGCUCUGCUCUUAGUACUGUAAGCAAGUAGUAAGUUCACUUUGCCAUUUUGACUGGACACUUAAAGCAACAACCCCUUAAGCUGAGUAUUGACCCUGUGACGGGCGGCUGCUGCUCAGCAUGCAGCCCCGAUGGGUUCACGUUGGAACGUUUACUCUAAUUCUACAGGAAAACGCAUGUGUAGUUGUCUUUUGAUCCCGUGCCUUUCCAUAUACAUUUGUAAGUAAUAUUUCUAUUUUGCUUUGGCAAAUAUACACCGUUAAGUAUAAAACGCAACCUGGGCAUAAAUGAUAAACAUUC